AUGUCUUCAUCACAGCCUUACAGACUAUUUUCACCACACCCUUCCAAACUACCUGGCUCCUAUAUUCGGAAUCGCCUCCCCUCCACCAAAUUCCUCACUAAACAGAAUUCACGCAAAAAUCUAGCCCAGGCAUGGUCCGCACGUCGAAAAUGGAUCCUCCUGACCGUCAUCUCAUCCUGCCAAACUAGCAUAGCCUUCACCGCAGCCAGUUACUACAACGCCGUUCCCUCACUAAACACACACUUUGGCGUCAAAAAUUCUCAACUAGGAAUGGCAGCGUUCUCGAUCUCGCAAGCGGUCGGAUGCAGGCUCUGGCGCCCAUUUUCAGACGACAUGGGUCGUAAGUCAGUCACGCAGGCCUCACUUGGUCUGACCAAUAUGUCCGUUCUGAUGUGCGCUUUGUCAAAGAGCUUUGGUGGAGUCAUUGGAGGGAGGAUUGUUGGAGGGCUAUCUUCAGCUGGGUGCGACGUAAAUAUGAGAAUCAUCCAGGAUAUGUUUGACGAGGACGAGCAGUUCUGCGCCGUCUUGUGGGCAUCUCUCUUUAUCUGUCUUGGCACUGUCCUUGCUGGCGUUGCUGGAGGCGCGGUUCAACAGUUCCUUGACUGGCGAUGUACCUUUUGGCUUCAGCUCAUUCUUGGGGUAGCUACACAGUUGCUCCACUGGCUGUUUACGGAAGAGAUGCGGGCGUCGGUUCUGCUGGAUCGUGAAGCGAAAAGGCAAAGAGAGAAGGGCAGCACGAAUGUCUAUGGACCCAAUUACGAUAAAGUCUGGAUGGAAAUAUUUCCAUUUCACAAAUGGGUCAUGGCGAUGUUCCAGCCAUACGAGAUGAUCACCUCCGAGCCUAUCAUCCUACUCUUCGCUCUGCUGAGCGGCUACAUCGAUACCCUCAUCUUUUCCUACUUUGAGAGGUACAGCUAUAUCCUCAAGCAGUGGUCUUUUACACCUACGAGCAUUUCCUUCAUUCUUAUCGCAUUGGCGACCUCGUGUGUGUUGGGUUACUUUAGCUUCUUCCCUUUUGUCGGUAACCGCAAGGCGCGACGCACUAAAGGCGAAAAUCUGGUUCCCAAGACUCGCCUCGAUCGUCCUCUGUACUACAUCAUCUACCUUCCGCACGGUCUAAUCAUUUGCGCUUUUCUCAUAACAGGACCGCCGCUCCACUGGUUUGGUGUAGUUGUCGCGUCUGUUCUGAUUGGAAUCGCCAACAUCUGGUUGUGUGUAGCUUUGCUGUUUCAUUUUGUAUACCGGUACAUGUCCCGUACUUUAGGGGCCCGCAAGUCCGCAUCAAAUCCAAAUUUGCAGGAUAUUCAAAAGCCAGAAGUUGCAGUGCCAAUGAAAGGAGGACUUUGGGAUGAAGCAGUGCUGUACAUAGUCGGAUUGUUAGGAUACUAG